UAAAGAUUAAACUGGCGCAACGUUGUUCUAGUGUUAUAAUAGUUUAUUUUAAAUUCUGUUCACCUAUCCGCCAGCAUGCCGAAGUCAAAACGAGAUAAAAAGGUCUCGCUCACCAAGACCGACCGGAAAGGGCUGUCCAACAAACAACAGAUCAUCGAGGACAUACAGCAAUGCCGCGAAAAGUACGCAAACGUAUUCCUGUUCUCCGUACAAAACAUGCGCAACAGUAAGCUGAAAGACGUGCGAACGGAAUGGAAAGGUUCACGGUUCUUUUUCGGCAAGAAUCGCGUCAUGCAGCUGGGCCUGAAGUUGAUCAGCGAUGACGAGAGCAGCGCUCCCACAAAGCUGGAAAAGGGCAUGGAACUCCUGCGCGAACAGAUGAUCGGCCAGUGCGGGCUGCUGUUCACGUCCGAAAGCAAAAAGACGGUCGUGGAGUGGUUCGAAUCGUACCAAGUCGAAGAGUUCGCUCGAAGCGGAUUCCGAGCGACGAAAACCGUUAAACUGGAGCCGGGUCCGAUGGAAGAUUUUUCGCACGCCAUCGAGCCCCAUCUCCGGUCGCUCGGUAUGCCGACAAAGCUGGAUCGUGGUAUCGUGACGCUGUACAAAGAGUACACGGUUUGCGAGAAGGGCAAGCUGCUGACACCGGAACAGGCGCGAAUUUUGAAGCUGCUCAACAAACCGAUGGCAAAGUUUAAGGUAAUCAUCAACUGUUGCUACACAAAGAAGGACGGCUUCGAGGAAAUCACCAAACGAGACAUCGAAGUGUCGAAGAAGACGAAAAAGAAGGCAAAGCAAACGCCCGCCAAGAGCACGAAGAAAUCUGCUGAAGCAAUGAGCGAGGACGAAGAUGAUGAUGAGGAAGACGACGACGACGAUGAUGAUGAGGAUGAGGAUGAGGAUGCGAUGGAGCAGGACGACGAUGAUGAAGCGUAGCCACGUCGUUUUAGGUGUAUAAAUAAAACUAAACCCACAUACCGUAUUGUUUAAUCAAAAAAAAACAGCCUUGCAAUCGUAAGUGAAUCCCAUCCCCUCAGAAUUUACGGUACACGUGG